UCUCUUUCUCCCUCCCUCCCUCCCUCCGCGUAGGAGCCCAGCUUCACUUCAGCCGCAGACAUGGCGACCACGACUGUGGUCCAGCCGCUCUCCCUGGAUAGAGAUAUUGCCAGAGCAAUAGAACUACUGGAGAAACUACAGGAGUCUGGAGAAGUACCCGGACACAAGCUACAGUCACUUAAAAAAGUCCUGCAGAGUGAGUUUUGUACAGCUAUCAGAGAGGUAUAUCAGUAUAUGCAUGAAACCAUAAGUGUUAAUGGCUGCCCAGAAUUCCGUGCCAGGGCUACCGCAAAGGCAACCGUUGCAGCUUUUGCUGCCAGUGAAGGCCAUUCUCACCCUCGAGUUGUAGAACUGCCAAAGACAGAUGAAGGCCUUGGCUUCAAUGUCAUGGGAGGAAAAGAGCAAAAUUCUCCUAUUUAUAUUUCUCGCAUAAUUCCUGGAGGAGUAGCUGAGAGGCAUGGAGGACUCAAACGCGGAGACCAGCUGCUUUCGGUCAAUGGAGUGAGUGUGGAAGGAGAGCAUCACGAAAAAGCUGUGGAGCUCCUGAAAGCUGCUAAGGACAGUGUCAAGCUGGUGGUACGCUACACUCCUAAAGUGCUGGAUGAGAUGGAGGCUCGCUUUGAAAAACUGAGGACAGCACGACGCAGACAACAGCAACAGCUGUUAAUUCAGCAGCAACAGCAAAAUGCACAGCAAAAUCAUAUGUCGUAGAUGGUUCUCAAAAAAGAAAUUCUAAAUCCAGAACUCAAGAACUUCGAAGCAAAGCUGUGCUCCGCAUUCCAACAAGCAGUAAAGGAAGCAGCAGCAAUGACAAUACAACUGCAUUCACCAGCAAACUGUGAAAGAAUGCCAUAAGAAUUGUUUGGCAAGCCAACAACAUAAUAAACCUGUUCUGUGAGGUUUUUCCAUGUAUUGAGGUUUUAGGAUGAAAGGUUUCUUUGACUCUACUCCUAUUGUGUGGUAAGGUUCUCAAUAUCAACCGUUGUUUAAAAGUAAAAAGAAAAACAGUUCUGACUUUUGAAUGAAUAUAAUGUAUGUAUGGUUCAAUCCUGCACACUUUACAAGGAUGCUCCAGUAAGAAUUUGUUGGACAGGGUCACGAUAAACCACUGCCAAGAGUGAAGACCGUCCACAAUUUGUAGCCCUGAUCCUGCUAGAGUUGUGCUUUUAAAAGCUGUUUACACGAGACCAGUUGAAUUAGAAUGUAUAUGGGGAUGUUUGUUAGAUUGUAUAUUCCCAUUAAAGGCAAUACAAAUGUGGAUAUCUGGCAUCUACAUUGACAUGCUACUAUCCCUUUUAUGUAAACAGUUCUUUAUAAAUAUGGGGAAAUUAUAAAUGUGAGGAAACUUGAUUUCAUGUUUACCUUUCCUAAUCUGGAUUAAGGCAUGUAAAAGAGAUGAGCAUUUUAGAUACAGAUUCUGUCAAUUACAAAUUUUGCAAAUUUUAAAUCCCUUAUACAUUUUGCAUAACAUCCCAUCACAAUCUUGUACAGUUGUGAAAUUCACUUUGUAAUACUUCUCCCCUUUACUUCCCUUAGAGGUUGUGUUACUUUAUUUAUCCUAGGGCCACAGUGCUUAGCUGAUUACUCAGUUAGGUCUAAUCGAACAAAUAUAUGUCCAAUGAUGAAAAAGAUACCCUUGGUUAAUUUUAUUUUUUUAGGUAGUUAAUUAUUUUUAUGCAAGUAUAUAUAAAGCUCUAGGUGGCAUGGAGGCUGUCUUAGUAGAGACAUUCCACUUUCCUAAAAUAUAAAAGAUUGGUGCCUUGUUCUGCCACAUACUUGCAUCAUUUGAAAAUGAGUAUUUAUUUGUAUUCCAAAGACAAAAUAUAUAGGCUGAAAACCUAUGCAUGUUUACUCAAAAGUAAGGCACAUUGAACUGAAUACAACCUCCUCCCAGGUAAAUGAAUAUUCAAGUAAGCUCAGUGUGGCUGAUUUAUGAGUAUGUAUAGUGUUGCUAUAUCUACAUCAUGCAGAAUUUUUGUAGAUAUAAUUAACUGAUUGAUUGAUUAUCCAACUAAAAUGUAUUUAAUUAAACAACCGGCCUACUUUAUACAGUAUUCUUUUUAAAGAUGCAUUUUACUGUUGGUUUACCAAUAUGUUCUACUGAUCAGAUUUAAUUCUAUCUUUUGUUAGUGGUAAGACUAGAGAACCCUAGAAUUGUAUUUUUGAAUAUAGAUAUUGCUAGUAUAUCUACCAUAGCUAUUAUCCAGAAAUCUAUAACUGAGUAUACAAUAUAUUUAUAAGAUGCAUACAUAUAUAUAUAAUAAAUAUAUAUAUACACAUAUAUAUUGUCAGAAUGUAUUUGUUCCAGAAGUAGGCUCUGUAGUUUCUAAAUGUUUUGAGAUAAUGUGAAUGAAACAAAACUUAGUUUGCAAAAAGAUAUUACAGUACCUAGUAUAUCCGUAUUUUCUCUAGUUUUCAAAUAGAUUAUUUCAUUUGUUGAUGUUGUUCAAUUUAAUAUAUUAAAUUGCUUUUCUGAGAGCUGAUGUAGCAUAGUGGCUAAGAGCUACAAAUUAGGAUUCCUCAAUUUAAAUAUCAUCUCUCUUGAUUCUCUCUCUCAGUUGCAGUGACCCCAUCUGCAUUAGUAAGAAGGAACAGUGAUAAUGACUUCUCUUAUAGAAUUGUAAGGAUCAUAAGUAUAGUAUGAAGCACUCUGAACACUUGAAAGGUCUAUACAGAUGUUAUGUAUUAUAGUAAUUAUAUGAGUCUAUUUCAUUCUUAGCAAGGGAGGCAGGCCUUCCCUAAAGAGACACAAAUGACUAUUAAAAUAGUAAUUGGCUUUUUCUGAAGUUUUGUAACAAAAGACUGACUUACACAUAUAGUAAAAUGAAGUGAGAAUCGUAAAGUAAGAGGAUUUGGCUAAGGAUGAUAACCUUGCUUUUUGAAUUUGAUUUUGCAACCCUAUCCACCAAAUCAAAAUGUUUGUCACAAAGUGUUGAGAGAUAUUACCUCAUAUUAUUUAUACUUGUCAAUAAAACAUCUUGAAAUUAAACCGGA